AUGCCACCAAAGAAGAAGUCUUCUAAGAAGAGAAGCAAUCGUAAGAUCCUCGAUGCGUUCCAAAUAGCAGAACGUGCGCAAAACCCCGACGCAAACAGUGAAGAUGGGUCUGAUUAUGGCUCCGAUGACGAUCUCCAAGUCCAUGAUGGUAUUCUUGAUGCUCGUAGAUUCGUCAAGGAUGCCCCUGAAGAUUUCGAGGAUGAAGAAUUAGAUUCGGAUGAAGCCUUAGGGUCUGAUGACGACUAUGAUGUUUUGAAUUCCAAGUUCUCCCAAAGUAUCAGAGACAAGGCCAAGAAGAAGAAGUUGGGCAAGUUGGAUUUGAGUGAAAAUGAAGAAAGCGAAGAUGAAGGAUACGCCAGUAUUGAUGAAAGUAAGUUGGUUACCUUGUCAGAAGCCUGGGACAUGGAUGAUCGUGAUUUACAAAAGACUCAAGCUUCCAAGCCUAACGAAGUUGUCUUGGAUGAUGAUGCCUGGGAAUCUGAAUCUGAAGAAGAGCUGUCUUCGGAAGAGUCUGAGUCAGAAGAAGAAGAGUCUGAUGAAGAAGACAUCUUUGCCAAUGAUGAAGAAGAAGAAGAAGACGAUGUCAACUUAACAUCCACCGUGUCUCGGUUGAAGUCUACCAUCAAAAUACCCAAGGAGAAACGUAGAUUAAUCGUGGAAUCCCGUGAAGAAAACGAGUAUAACCUUCCAACAGCAGGAGGAGCCACUCUUUCGUUGGCAGACAUGAUUUCUGCCGUAGAUGGUGGUGAUCAAGAUGCUAUUCUUAUUGACUCUGAAUCUAAACUGUUGGAAACUCCGCUUCCUAAACGUAUCCAAGUGCGUCACGACCGUGCUGCUGCAUAUGAACUUGCCAAGGAUGAAGUGGAUAAAUGGAAGGACACUGUUCAGUCCAACCGUCAAGCAGAAGUGUUGAAAUUUCCCAUGAACAAACCAGAAAUCCAUGACACUGCCACUACAUUCAGAAGCGAUGUUGUGCCAACCACCGAUUUAGAAGUCAAGGUUCAAGAAGUAUUGAAACAGUCUGCGUUGAUUGACGAUUCCAAGGAAGCUACUUUUGAAGAAAUUGCUGUAGCCAAGUUAUCACCGGAGGAAAUGAAGAAGAGAACCGCUGAGUUAAGACUUAUGCGUGAAUUAAUGUUCCGAGAUGAAAAACGAGCCAAACGUAUCAAAAAGAUUAAGUCUAAGCAAUAUCACAAAAUCAAAAAGAAGGAAAGAUUGAGAAAUCAAGAAUUGGUUGAGUCUGAUGACGAAGACACUGAAGAUCACGAUUUGAAUCGUGCGCGUGAAAGAAUGACCUUGAAACACAAAACCCAAUCCAGUUGGGCCAAAUCCAUGAUUAAGAGUGGUUUAACUAAGGAUGCCAACAAUCGUGCCGAGCUUGAAGAAAUGUUGCGUCAAGGUGAAAAACUCCGAGCUAAACAAAUGGGAUUCGAAGAUGGUGAACAGAGUAAUGAUGAAGUAUCAGAUAUAGAACGAGAAUAUGACCAGGAUGACGAAGAUGACUCUGUCAGGAGUAAACUCGGUAAGGGUGUCAUGGGUAUGGAUUUUAUGAAAAAGGCUGAGGAAAGAGCAAAGCAAGAAAACUUGCAACAAUUGGCCAUGCUUAAAAAGGACGAUUUGGAAUUAUUUGAUGAAGAUGAUGGAUCAGUCAAUGUCACUAAGAACCAAGGAAGAAGAGUAUAUGUCCCAACGACAAACCAAGAAGAAAUUCUUGAAAUUAACAGAACCGUGCAUGAACAAGUUGAACAAGAUCAAGCUAAAUCUUUGACUAACAAGUUAUCCAGCAAGUUUACCAAGAAAAUAGCCAGCAAUGAAGCAGUUGCAAGCACAGAUGAACCAGAAGAAGACUCCUCGAAUCCAUGGUUAUCCACAACCACUACCCAAACUGAAAAAUCCACCAAGGUAACAACCAUAGAAAAGGAAUCAUCCAAAUUAGCUAAAGCAGCUGCUAAGCUUGCCAAACAAAAGCAAAAGAAACAUAAUAACCGUACACAAGAAGCAUUGAUUGAUAUGAAUGACACUCUUGCUGUAUCUUCAGGAAUCCAUGAUUCUGGUGAUGAAGAAGAACAAGAUGAAGAUGUUCCAAAAAUGUUUACUCAAAAGGACUUAAUCAAACAAGCAUUUGCAGGAGACGACGUAGUUUCUGAAUUCGAAGCUGAAAAGAAACGAGUCAUUGAAGAUGAAGACGAUUACGAAGAGGAUUUGUCCAUGCCUGGUUGGGGUGAUUGGGCCGGUGGUUCGAAUAAGAAAUCUAAAAAGAGAAAGAUUGUAAGGAAAGUCGAUGGGGUUGUCCAAAAGGACAAGAGAAAGGAUAAGAAUUUAAAGAAUGUUAUCAUUAAUGAACGUGUCAAUAAAAAGAAUUUGAAAUAUCAAUCUAGUGAAGUUCCAUAUCCAUUUGAAUCUCGUGAACAAUAUGAAAGAUCUUUGAGAAUGCCUGUGGGUCAACAAUGGACCUCUAGAGAAACACAUCAAAAACUCACCAUGCCUAGAGUUAUUGUCAAGCAAGGUACAGUUAUAGAUCCUUUAAAGGCGCCAUUUAAAUAG